AUGCGGCAUCUGAGAUUUAUGGGCUUCCGCGGCACAAUUCUCACAUAUGCGAAAGAAACUGUUUUUGAUCACAAGACCAACACCGAGCACGGUCUCGGUAUCGAUGCGGAAAAGGACGCAAAGUCAGGGAACUGCUCCAACAUUGAAGUAUGGAGGAAAGGAGCGUUGGAGACGGUGGACUUGCUCGGCGAGGGUGAUCAGCUGGCGUUAAAACUUACUGGUGGUGGACCGAGAGUAACGGCCGCUUUUGCAGCAGAUGAACUGCCUCCUCAGCAGAUGAUGGAUGCUCUUGACGAGGUCUCCAUCCGCUGCAAGGAGAGGGGCAUCCGUCUUCUGCUCGACGCCGAGUCUCAAAAGUUCCAGUGGGGCAUCUUCAGAGCUGGUCUCGAACUGAUGCGCAAGUACAACCGCGACGGCUACGCAACCAUCUACCAGACCUACCAAGCAUACCUGAAGAGCACCCCGGCGACCCUCGCCAAGCAUCUCGAGCUCGCAAACAACGAAGGCUUCACCCUUGGCCUGAAGCUUGUCAGAGGCGCCUACAUCGGCUCGGAUGAGCGGUCCCUGAUCCACGAUACGAAGCAGGACACAGAUGACGCCUACAACAUGAUUGCCCAGGGAGCCCUUAGGCGGCAGAUUGGGGAGUACGGUGCACCGGGAGGCAAGCCGUUCCCGUCUCUGAACCUGUUCCUCGCCAGCCACAACAAGCACAGCGUCGUCACGGCCCACAAGCUGCACCAACAAAGAAUGAAGGAUAACCUCCCGACGGUGCCGGUCGGUUUCGCGCAGCUCCAGGGCAUGUCGGAUGAAGUCAGCUUUGCGUUGCUGCAGCUGAAGGACGGCCAGGACCCGUCGCCGCAGGUGUGGAAGUGCUCGACGUGGGGGACCAUGGGAGAGUGCGUGGCGUAUCUUUUGCGGAGAGCGGUGGAGAACAGGGAUGCGGUUUCGAGGACGGUGGACGAGUAUGCCGCGCUCAAGGCGGAGCUGGGCAGACGGUUGCGAUCUAGAUCGUUCCGGUCUCGGCCUGUUGGCUAG